UUCUCCGGUCCUGUCGUGUGAAGCUACGAGCGAGCUGUGCUGCACACUUUAUUGAUAUAUUGAUAUCGGUGACAAACCCAGGGGGUGGAAGAAGCUCAUCGCCGCUUUUGGAAGAAGAUAUCGGUGCGUGUGAUUUGAGGUGAACGAGAAAGGUGUAAUUGAUACGGCAUUGAAUGAAAGCCACCGAUUUUGCGGUCGGAGCAAAGGAAAGCCGUGUGAAUUGGAGCGUGAUCAAGGAUGUUUCCUUCGUUGUCGUUUUUUUUCCUGUGGUGAGCCGAUUAACCUGAAGCUAAUUGAAAGGUUACACCCUAGCCGUUGCUGCGGUUUUUGUGGCGUCGUCAAGAGGGUUAAAGUGAGAGAUUAAGCGGAGAAAACGGAAGAAUUUUCGUGUGCGGUUUUAUUUGCGGUCGGAUCUGGCGGUUCCGGGGUCAGCAGGUUAAUUUUUGUGUCGACUCUCGAGUAAUGAAAAUUCCGUACGUGCGCAAGGGCGUGAUUCGUUGGUGAACACGACUUCUGGUUCGGGAUCAGAAGAAAGCAAGCCCAAGCCAGGAAGGGUACAAACAUGCCAAUUUAGGUGCUACGGUCCUUCGUUUAGGAGAAAGGAUUUUGUUGCCGAAAAGGACGCCUGUGUACACAGUCAGUCACAAAACAGAACAGGAGGGAAAAAAGCACCAACCAGACACAGACCACCAAGGAACGAUGACCCUAAUCCUGUCGUGGCUCUUCAUCCUGGCCCUGAUCGUGCCGGAUCUGUCGUCCAGUCUGCUGCACUGCCCAUUCCGGUGCCACUGCGACGAUGAAAAGCUGGACGUCAACUGCGACGAAGGUCACCUGGAAGUGGUCCCAAUCGCGCUGAACCCAUCGAUCCAACGGUUGGUUAUCCGAAACAACAAGAUCCGCAUCAUCGACUCGACGGUGCAGUUCUACUCCGAGCUAACGCUGCUGGAUUUGAGCUUCAACUAUCUGUUCAACAUUCCGGAUCGGACCUUUGGGCGGCAGAAUAAGCUGCAGCAGUUGCAUCUGAACCACAACAAGAUCAGCGUGGUCUCGAAUAGGACCUUUCUGGGAUUGGGCAAUUUGCUGGUGUUGAAUCUGCGAGGGAACCUGAUUGAUCAGAUUGAACCGAUGUCGUUUACGCCGUUGGCGAAGUUGGAGGAGCUGAAUUUGGGUCAGAAUCGGAUUACGAGUGUUGGACUGUCUACGAAGGGGUUUUUUGGGUUGAUGGAUUUGAAGAUUCUGUACUUGGACGACAAUCGGUUGGAGGUGGUUCCUCCGGAGGAGACAUUUCAGCCGGUGGAUAAGCUGGCAGAGAUGUACAUCGGGACGAAUUCGUUGAAGGUUGUGAAGCAUGGAGCAUUUGCAGUGCUGUCGGAGUUGACGCUCCUGGAUGUGAGAAGUACGUUGUUGAGCAAUGUGAGUGCGGAGACGUUUUCCGGAAUUGAGAACAUCAAAAGUCUCAAUCUGGCGGAUAAUCGGUUCGAGCGGAUUCCUUCGCAAGCACUGGCAGCGCUGAAGCGGUUGGAGGAGCUUUCCAUUGGGCAGAAUCAUUUUGAAACCGUACCGGCCAACUCAUUUAGAGGAUUAUCGAAUUUGAAACGAUUUGAACUGAGAGGUUCACUUUACCUGAGGAGAAUCGAGAAGGCAGCAUUCCACACCAAUACGAAUCUGGAGAGUAUUGCCAUUGAAUCGAAUAAGGCCCUGCACGAGCUGGAGGAGGAGACCUUCUCGGGGUUGUUGUUUUUGAAGCAUCUAAGUCUGAGGAAUAACGGCUUCGAGCGUUUGGACGAAAACAUGUUCUCCUGGAACAGUCUACGGACGUUGGACAUUUCGGAUAAUCCGAUAAAUUGUGAUUGCUACUACUCCAAGCUGCUGCACCGGUUGCAAUCGUCCAGCAGGAUUGGCUACAACGCAACCGGUUGCCCGCACCAUCUGCCCGAUCAGUGGGAAUGCGAGUACGCAUUGGACAGGAACAAGAACCUAAUCUCGGUGCUGGUGCUGGCGGUGGCCAUCGUGACAGCGAUUGCCCUCACCUUCUACCGUUUCCGGGGACUGCUGCGGGAGUACAUUCAUAACGGGUGCAAGAACAAAGCGCACGGCGGUGGGACGGGCGGCGUCGGUGCCAUUCCGAGAAGCGAUAUCAACAGUGUGGACUACGAGAAAACCAUCACCGAGGAUGAUUACGUGAUCCGGCAGAGUAAUUUGUACAGCAACCAGGUACAACCAAUUCUCACAGACUAUCCAGCCUACAUGCAGCAGAAUAAUGUCUACUACAACAAGCCGCUCCCGAUUACCGAGUUAUAGUAUUGAAAGCUAGUCGAGUGUGAUGUCAGUGUGUAAAUUAAUUUGAAUGCUCUACGCUAAUCCCAUUCGCUGUCGGACUCUCUCCCUCUCUCUGUCUGGCAUUUGCUCGCUUUCAAACUUCCGGCAACACGAUUUUCCGAACUAGUCUGGAAUCAUUCCAAAUGUGAACUGAUACCUUACAAACUUCCAGAACAUAGUCACAACAUACCAUCAUGUACGA